UGCUGGUGAAAGCUGUUUACAACCCCAGCCAAUCGGUGCCCUGGAAUGCCUUGAAGGUCCAGACCUUGUCCAAUCAGCUUCUUUGGGACAGAAGCAAGGCAUUCUGGGGGCUCAGCCCCAGCUGCUCUUCCAGCCACACCGGAUCCCACCUCUCUUUCCCCAGAAACCAAUGAGCCUCUUCCAGACGUCUCCAUCGCUCCAUUUGGGCCACCUUGGGAGAUACGCCGGUCGAGGUCCUAAAGGCAGGCAGGAGUCAGGCAGAUGGGAUGACUUUGACUCCAAGAAGAGGAAGCAGAAGGGUAAUGAGCCCUGGGUGGCAAAGAAGCCGCGGCACGAGCCACCCCAAUACCGAGUCCAGUUGGCCUGCUAUACUGUGAAUAGCCCCUUCUGUGAUGCCAUGGAAAUCUUGAGGCGCUACUGCAACAUCCAGUUGCCCAAGGAAUUCUAUGAUGUCCGCCUCUGCUGGUUGGACACCUUCCCUCUUAACCAGCCGUUGACCCUGAAGCACCCUAGUCGUAUCCAAGUGGCCAGUCCUGCUGAAGAAUUGUCUCCGACUGAAGAGGAUACCAAGCCGGAGGCUCAGCCGGAGGACGCCAAUCCCGCAUUCAGUGCCAAGGUUCUGCUGCUCUCUUCUCCUGGCAUUGAGGAAUUCUACCGCAAUUGUCUGCUCUAUAUUGAGGAGCCCAGCGACCAGAGGGAAAUCCCUGAACAUCCCACAAAGCAAAUUAAGUUCCUGCUGGGGAAGAAGGCAGAGGAGCUGCUUCUUGUGGGAGGAGAGUGGUCCCCUUCCCUGGAUGGUGCCGACCCAGCUACGAACCCCACCGUCCUGAUCCUCACAGCCAUUCGUUGCGUCAAGGCCCAGAUCGGCUUGGAUUUGAGCCCCUGCAUGAAGUGGUACCGGUUGGCGGAGUUCAGGUACCUGCGUGAGGGAAACCCGUCUUACCAGGAGCAGACGGUGGUUUUCCUGCCAGAUAUUUGGAGCCUGAUGCCAUCCCUUGAAGAGUGGGAGACCUCGUGCAAACAGAAAGCCGAAAAAGCGGCAGCACCUUUGGAAGGAAAAAGCGAGGCGGUGGAAGAAACUGAACAGACCUCAGAACCAGCUGCGGACCAAGAAAUGGAGGCCAGUGAGCAGGAAAUGGACUCAGCUGUACCAGUCCCCGAGCUAGCUCUGGAGACGUCGACUUCUGAACCAGAGAUCCCAGCUCCUCCACUGGAACCCGCCAUAGUUGUUUACCCUCAGCUGGCACUGCAAAAUGGGCAGCCCAGUUGCACCAACAUCUCUCUUUACACUUUGCUUGAGUACAGAAGGCAGCGGGAGAAGCUCUCCUUUGAGGUGGCAGUGAUGGCAGAGGUUUUCCAGGAGAUGCUCCAGCGGGAUUUUGGCUACAAGCUUUAUAAGGCACUCCUGGCCCUGCCGGAAAAGGAGGAGCCUCCAGAGGCCAAGAAUCCCGAUUCAGAAAAAGUGCCGAAAUCUGAAAAGGAAGCAGAGAACGAACUGAAGGAGGAACCUCAGGAGAAACCCGGAACAGAAGAUGCACCAGAGAGUAACCAGAAGGAAGUUCAAGUACGUCUAUACAACUCUCCAGGCCUUACAGUACAAUUGGGUGCCCCCCCCCCCCAUCUUAGGCCAGUUGCUUCCUCUCCUCACCUUUACUUCGACUUGAAUUUCUGCGGCUACCUGCAUAGGAAGGAUAUGGACAAGAUCCUGCUCACCUUGGGACUGCACCUCUGCAAAGAGCAGGUGAAGCGCUUGGUGAACAGGGUGGUGACGCAGUUUGUGUGCCGUUACCGCAGCCUGCGCUACAGCCGGCAGGAAGGGACGGAGGCAGGCCUCGGAGAGGAAGAACUGGCAGGCAACCUCCAUUUCUUGCGCCCAUCGGUUUCUUGCACCAAAUCUACCCGAGAGCCUCAGUCUACCAAUUUGAUUCCAUACAAUGGGGCUGUCCUUAAUGUGAGCAAGCUCCUGGAAAAGGCAGAGCAGACAGAAAACAGCCGACUCUACCUGGAAAAUAAAAUCCAUACCCUGGAGCUAAAGUUGGAAGAGACCCAGCUUCGCUUUUCAUCAACGGAGGCUUCCAACAAGGCGUUGACGCUGGAAGUGCAGGAAUUACAGAAGCGCCUGACUGAGAUGGAAGAGCAGUCGAAAGCAUCCGAAAAGCAGAAAUCCCAAUUUCAAAGGCUGCUACAGGAGAAUAAAAAGCGCCUGGUUCCUUUGCAACUGGAAAUCCAGAGGAUAAUUGAGAAGACCAAUAACUGCUUAGAGAAAAAGGAAGCUACGUCGCCCUCCGUUUCCAGCAACUGAUGGCUCCCCAGAGAUCUGGGCAGGUGGAACGAUCAGUACACCUUUGGUUUGAUGUUUUGGGGCUGUGAGUUAAGCGGCUUUCGUGGGGUGGGGGAAUUGGGUGUUAAAGCCUUUGAAACCAUCAACUUCUUUGCCACCAUGUGAAAGGCUGCAGCAGCCGGCUUUCAUCCUCAACCACCCCUCCUCACCCCAGGCUUUGGGGGGGGGGGGAGAAGGGCCACCAAUCCCACAUCUGCUGGAAACUCCCCCCCCCUCCUUCUUGUUUAAAGAAAUACCCGUUAGGUAGGCAUUUGGAUGGUCUCGUGUCCGAGGGCAGAAGCGACAGGGUAGGUAUUUCGGGCUGUUGGCCAAGAGCAAGCCUUGGGUUGGGCACGUCCGCUCCGUCCCGAGAGCCAUGCAGGUCCUGACUGCUCCAGGCAUCGCUAGCCUCUUUGCGCUGCUGCAUGGGGAUGUUUUUAAGCCCCUUCCACUUCCUGUCCCCUCUACGUCCAGCUUGAGGGGGGGGGGGGGGGGUGGCCUUCUGCCCGCCUUGGGCCCGCUGGGGCCUGGGGGGGGGGAGGGGGGGGGCAGAUGGCAAUGAUCUCCUCGCGGCUGGCAGGUUUUCUUCUGCUAGCCCUCGGCCAGCAGCUCCUGCCCCUGCCUUUUCUGGGCCGUGCAUUCAGAGCGGCUUGCUAGCUCUGCUCGGGUGCUGUGGCUGGAGCGCGAACACCAUACCCACUUGGCCCAGCAUCUUAGCCAUUUUAAGAAAGAAAAACAAACGCACACCACGAGGCUCUCUUCCUCCUCCUCCUCCUCCUCCACCCCCUAGUCAUUUUACUUGCUAAUCGUAGCUCGGAGAGCUCUGGGACCCAUUGAGUUUUUUUUUUCCAUCAGUAGCCUUCCGACAAAAGUGAAACUCCCCUUCAGCGGAUCUGAGUUUUUGAGGGUCUGGGAUUUGGGCAGCAGGAAGGUCCGCUGAACUUCCAGUUGGGAAGGCGGUAGUGCCCAGCUGGGACAGCUAGAGGCCAUGGGUUUCCUCGGGGGUAGACUUUAGCAGAGUAGCUGGUGGGCCUAUGCAAAGCAGUGGCCGGGCUCAAGCCUUCCUCCAGUAGGUGUUCGCUGCAAUUUGCCCCGGCCGCCUGCUCUCCCACCCUCAGGUGGUCUGUCACUUCUGAAUGUGUUGCUUUUAGUCUGUAAAUGUGAUAACAACUUGUAUUUAACUGGCCAAGUUACUUUUAUAAAAGUCUCUUCCUCACUUGGAAAUGUG